AUGAGUAGAUUUCCAUAUUCAAGUGCCCCUUUAAGGACGGUGCAAGAAGUUCAAUUUGGUCUAUUUUCUCCUGAAGAAUCGAGAGCCAUUUCAGUGGCUAAAAUUGAGUACCCAGAAAUAAUGGAUCCAGUUACGAUGAAGCCAAGGGAAGGUGGUCUAAAUGACCCAAGACUUGGCUCGAUCGACAGAAAUUUCAGAUGCCAAACAUGCUCAGAAGACAUGCAAGAAUGUCCGGGUCAUUUUGGCCACAUAGAAUUGGCUAGACCAGUUUUCCACAUCGGAUUUUUAGCAAAAAUCAAGAAAUUAUGUGAAUGUGUAUGUAUGAAUUGUGGUAAAAUCUUACUUGAUGAGCAGACCAACCUGCAGUUCGCAUCUGCAGUUAAAAUUAGAGACCCAAAGAAAAGAUUCAAUGCAGUAUGGACCCUUUGUAAAACCAAAAUGGUUUGUGACGUCGAUCCACCUUUAGAAGAAGAUGAAGACAGCGAAGAGCCACAAUAUAGAAGAGGUGGUUGUGGUAGCGUACAACCAUCCAUCAGGAAAGACGGGCUAAAACUUUGGGGUACUUGGAAACGUUCGAGUAUGGACGAUGAUACGGAAAACUUAGAGAGAAGACAAAUCAAUGCGUCGGAUAUCUUGAACGUUUUCAGGCACAUUUCACCUGAAGAUUGUAUAAAAUUGGGUUUCAAUGAAGAGUGGGCAAGGCCAGAAUGGAUGGUUUUAACUGUUUUACCUGUUCCGCCUCCCCCUGUUAGACCUUCUGUGGCCUUUACUGACUCGAAGAGAUCGGAGGAUGAUUUAACAUACAAGUUGGCAGAUAUUUUGAAAGCAAAUAUCAAUGUUCAGAAGUUUGAAAUGGACGGUUCUCCUCAGCAUGUUAUUAGCGAAUUUGAAGCUUUGCUUCAAUAUCACGUUGCAACAUAUAUGGAUAACGACAUUGCAGGUCAACCCCAGGCUUUGCAGAAGAGCGGAAGACCGAUUAAAUCUAUUAGAGCUCGUUUAAAGGGUAAAGAAGGGCGUCUUAGAGGUAACUUAAUGGGUAAGAGAGUUGAUUUCUCUGCCAGAACAGUUAUUUCUGGUGACCCUAAUCUUGAAUUAGAUCAAGUGGGUGUUCCAAGAUCUAUUGCUAAGACUUUAACAUACCCAGAAAUUGUCACACCAUAUAAUAUUCAAGCUUUGACAGAAAUGGUAAGAAACGGCCCAAAUGAGCAUCCGGGAGCGAAGUAUGUCAUCAGGGAAAAUGGUGAUAGAAUUGAUUUAAGAUUCAACAAAAGAGCAGGUGACAUCCAGCUCCAGUAUGGAUGGAAGGUUGAACGUCAUUUGAUGGAUAAUGAUCCGGUCUUAUUCAACCGUCAGCCUUCUUUACAUAAAAUGUCUAUGAUGUGUCAUAGAGUGAGAGUUAUGCCGUACUCGACAUUCCGAAUGAAUUUAUCUGUCACAUCACCUUAUAAUGCAGAUUUCGAUGGUGAUGAAAUGAAUUUACAUGUCCCUCAGUCGUAUGAAACGAGAGCUGAAUUAUCUGAAUUGUGUGCUGUUCCCCUACAAAUCAUUUCUCCGCAAUCUAACAAACCAGUGAUGGGUAUUGUGCAAGACACAUUGUGUGGUGUUAGGAAAAUGACAUUGAGAGACUCGUUUUUAGAAUAUAGCGAGGUGAUGAGUAUAUGUUACUGGAUUCCAGAUUGGGAUGGAGUCAUUCCUCAACCAGCAAUCUUGAAGCCAAAGCCAUUGUGGACAGGUAAGCAAAUAAUGUCACUUUGUAUUCCUAAGGGUAUCUUUUUACAAAGGCUGGAUGGUUCUUUACUUUCUCCAAAGGAUUCGGGAAUGUUAAUCUUGGAUGGUGAGAUUAUAUUUGGUGUCGUGAAUAAAGCCACUGUUGGUUCUUCCGCGGGUGGUUUGAUUCAUACAACUAUGAGAGAAAAGGGACCGACCGUCUGUGCUAAACUUUUUGGUAACAUACAAAAAGUCGUCAACUACUGGUUACUUCAUAACGGUUUUUCCAUUGGUAUUGGUGAUGCAAUUGCUGAUCCGGAGACAAUGAAGGCCAUUACAGAGACUAUCAAAGAAGCGAAAGAUAAAGUCCAAGGCGUUAUCAGAGAUGCGCAAAAGAAUCUUUUGGAAGCUGAACCCGGUAUGACCUUAAGAGAAUCUUUUGAGCAAAAAGUUUCCAAGAUCUUGAACGAAGCCAGAGAUUCAGCAGGUAAAUCUGCCGAAACAUCCUUGAAAGAUGAUAACAACGUCAAACAGAUGGUGACAGCUGGAUCUAAAGGUUCAUAUAUCAACAUUUCUCAGAUGUCAGCUUGUGUGGGUCAACAAAUCGUCGAAGGUAAACGUAUCAAUUUUGGUUUCGCAGAUCGUUCUUUACCUCAUUUCACUACUGAUGAUUAUUCUGCUGAAUCCAAAGGAUUUGUUGAGAAUUCCUACUUGAGGGGGUUAACUCCACAAGAAUUCUUUUUCCACGCGAUGGCCGGUAGAGAAGGUUUAAUUGAUACUGCAGUCAAAACUGCAGAAACUGGAUAUAUUCAGAGACGUUUGUUGAAGGCUUUAGAAGAUAUUAUGGUUCACUAUGAUGGUACCACCAGGAACUCCUUAGGUGAUGUUAUUCAAUUCAUCUACGGUGAAGAUGGUUUAGAUGCAACUACUGUUGAAAAGCAAACAGUCGACACCAUUCCUGGUUCCAACAGUGCAUUUGAAAGAAAAUACCGUGUUGAUCUAAUGGAUGAAAAGAUGUCUAUUCGGUCUGAUAUGGUAGAAUAUGGUACUGAAAUCUUGGGUGAUAUCAAGUUGCAGAAGAUUUUGGAUGAAGAAUACGAGCAAUUGUUGUCAGAUAGAGAUUACUUGAGGACCAAAGUUUUUCCAAAUGGUGAUAACAAUUGGCCUUUGCCUGUUAACGUGAGAAGAAUUGUUCAAAAUGCUCAACAAAUUUUCCACGUUGAUCGUUAUAAAGCAAGUGACUUGACUAUAUCUGAAAUUGUCAAAACCGUUCAAAAACUUUGUGAAAACUUUACAGUUAUCAGAGGUAAUGGAGGUUGUUUGACGGAGGCCAAAAAGAACUCAACUCUUUUGUUUCAAUGCCUUAUUCGCUCGAAGCUCGCUACAAGAAGAAUUUUGGAAGAGUAUAGACUCAACCGUGAUGCGUUUGAAUGGGUGGUCGGUACAGUUGAGCAACAAUUUGCAAGAUCUCUUGUUAACCCCGGUGAAAUGGUUGGUGUUGUUGCUGCACAAUCAAUUGGUGAGCCUGCAACUCAAAUGACAUUGAACACUUUCCAUUACGCUGGUGUCUCCUCUAAAAACGUUACCUUGGGUGUUCCACGUUUAAAAGAAAUUUUGAAUGUGGCAAAGAACUUCAAAACUCCUGCUUUGACUGUAUAUCUUCAGGAUGAGGUUGCCACCGAUAUCGAAAAGGCCAAGAACAUUCAAUCUGCGAUUGAACACACUUCUUUGAAAAAUGUCACAGCUUGUACUGAGAUUUAUUAUGACCCUGAUCCAAGGACCACAGUUAUCGAAGACGACAUGGAUACUGUUGAUGCAUAUUUUGCAAUUCCAGAUGAGAAGGUUGAGGAAAAUCUGCAUAAGCAAUCACCAUGGCUUCUCAGACUGGAAUUAGACAGAGCUAAGAUGUUGGAUAAACAAUUGAGCAUGCAACAAGUCGCUGCAAAAAUCAUGGAAAACUUUGGUGAUGAUUUGUUUGUUAUCUGGUCUGAAGAUAAUGCAGACAAGCUUGUUAUCAGAUGUAGAAUUGUCAGAGAAGAGAAGGCUUUGGAUGAGGAAGAAGAAGAAACCGAAGAUGGUUUGUUAAAAGCAUUAGAGGCACAAAUGUUAGAAUCCAUCACAUUGAGAGGUGUGAGUGGCAUUUUGAGAGUUUUCAUGAUGAAAUAUGACAAAACCUACAUUGACGAAGAUGGUGAUUUUGCCAAAAAACAAGAAUGGGUUUUGGAAACUGAUGGUAUCAAUUUGUCUGACGUUAUAACAGUUGAUGGUAUUGAUACUACAAGAACAUAUUCAAAUUCUUUCGUGGAAGUCUUGUAUGUUUUUGGUAUUGAGGCAGCAAGAAGUGCUUUAUACAAGGAAAUCUUGAAUGUUAUUGCUUUUGAUGGUUCUUAUGUUAAUUACAGGCAUUUAGCCUUGUUGGUUGAUUUGAUGACAUAUAAGGGACAUUUAAUUGCUAUUUCUAGACAUGGUUUCAACAGGAACGACACUGGAGCCUUGAUGAGAUGUUCUUUCGAAGAGACUGUUGAAAUUUUGUUUGAUGCCGGUGCAUCAGCAGAACUAGAUACAUGUGAUGGUGUCUCCCAAAAUAUUAUUUUGGGUCAAAUGGCACCAUUUGGUACCGGAUCUUUUGAUGUCUUUUUAGACGAAGACAAAUUGUCAAACUUACCUACCGAGCAUUCAGUUGGAACUGCAGCAGCACUAAGUACCAAGGAGACCAAGGGCUCAAUGACAGUAUAUGGUGACGAUAAUUUCAAGGAUGACAUAAUCGAUAUUCCUAUGGCCGCUGAUAACGUUGCUUUCUCUCCAUUGAUAACAUCUGGAUCUAACGAUGACAGAUCAGGAGGGUUUACCGAGUACGGUGGUUCUAUGAGUGCAUACCAACCUACGUCACCAUUCCCUAAUUAUGGUGCUACCUCUCCAAGUUAUGGUCCUACUUCUCCAAGUUACGGCCCUACUUCUCCAAGUUACGGCCCUACUUCUCCAAGUUACAGUCCAACAUCACCUGCAUACUCUCCAACCUCACCUGCGUACUCACCUACUUCACCUGCAUACUCUCCAACCUCACCUGCAUACUCUCCAACCUCACCUGCAUACUCUCCAACCUCACCUGCAUACUCUCCAACCUCACCUGCAUACUCUCCAACUUCUCCAUCUUAUUCCCCAACUUCUCCAUCUUACUCUCCAACUUCUCCAUCUUAUUCUCCAACCUCUCCAUCUUAUUCUCCAACCUCUCCAUCUUAUUCUCCAACCUCUCCAUCUUACUCUCCAACUUCUCCACAAUACUCUCCUACUUCUCCUCAAUACUCUCCUACUUCUCCUCAAUACUCUCCAACGUCUCCGCAAUAUUCUCCUACUUCUCCUCAAUACUCUCCUACUUCUCCUCAAUAUUCUCCUACUUCUCCUCAAUACUCUCCAACUUCUCCACAGUACUCUCCAACUUCUCCACAGUACUCUCCAACUUCUCCACAAUAUUCUCCAACAUCUCCACAGUACUCCCCAACCUCCCCACAAUAUUCGCCAACAUCCCCACAGUACAAUGCAUCAUCUGGUCAAGAUGAUAAAAAAUAA